AUGACUUUGCCUGCACGCCGUGUGGGACGUGAGGUGCCUGUAGACAGCGAUGGUUGGAUGCAGAGAAUCACGGUUGAUAAUGCCAUCCGCACGGCAAACCCAAAGAAUCCAUCAUCUGUAGUUUCUGCCAUGCGAUUCCUACUACAGAUGGCACGUAAUCUAGAGCAGUACGGUAAUGUAAUGGAAAGUAUCAAGUGUGCUGAGUCCGCACUCCUACUACGAUGUGCCAAUAAGAAAUGUCUUUCCCCACAGUUAUUGAAACCACUCAUUGAUGAAGGAUUAAUGGGCCCUGAUAGUGUAGAAGAUGCAGCAGAACUUGUACUUCGUUGUAAUAGUCAUGCUGUGGCUGCGUUUAAUGCGAAACGCUUUGAUGAGGCGGAAUUCUAUCUUGGUAAGGCUCUUUUUCUUACAGAUGUGCGAGGGACAGAACCUGUGGAUUAUUUCCCUGGUGCGGAAACUCGAAGACUGCGAUUGCGUGCGGCUACGCUGAAUAAUCUUGGAUGUAUGGAGAAAAGACGUGGACAACUACAGAAAUCCCUGCAGUAUCUACGACAGGCGGUAGCAAUUGAGGUGUCUCUUGACAACACCGCACGUGGAUCACCAUCCACAUAUCUUAACCUCUGCACAGUUUUAAAUGAACAACAACAACAUGAUGAGGCGGUGGCCGCUGCGGAAAACGCCGUCUCUUCACUUGAAGAACAAAUCUUACUGCAGCAAAAGGAACAAUUGCCGGGUUGUGCUAUGAUGCUUGUAGUAGGUUUGUAUAACUUGGGCGUUUCACUGGAGCGACGUGGUCGUGAUGGGGAUAGUGAAAAGGCUCGUGUGGCUUAUCAUAAAUCAUUAGAAGCGAGUCGGAGGUUUUUUGUGGAUCCAAACUGUCCAACAGUCGAACUUGCCAUGGCGGCUAUUCGUCGCAUGCAUGCAGUACCAACAUUUCGAAAAGAUACCAUUGAAUCUGCCGGAAGAGUAACAACAACAACUACUACAACAACUACUACAACAGCAACAACGACGAUCGCAGCAAGAAUUGAACCACCAGCAAUACCCGCCGCAUCCGCCGUGCCGAGUUCAACGGAGAGUUUUAUAGAUGCGGAGAAAAUAACAGAGGCGAGAAUUUCUAUAGUGGAGCAAGCGGCAAUGAGUACGGCAUCCAAGUCUAGUUCUGGAUCCCAAUCGUGUUCAAUUUCAUCCUUUACAAGGCGACCACAUCAAGUUAAACACUCGCAAUCCAGAAAAGAAAAGCCAAAAGAGGAGUUACAGGUUCAACAAGAAAAAGUGAAACACGAUGAAGAAGAAGAAGAGACAGUAAAAGAAAAAGAAAAAGAACGUUUACGAAAAGAACGGUACGAGGAAGAGGAAUUAGAAGAGUUACGGCGGAGACAAGAACAUUUAGAAGAGCAAAUGCGAGAGUUGGAGGGGGAGCAAAAUGUACUCUUACACCAGCAACAACAAGAACAAGAAGAAGAAGAACAAAGACAAAAGCAGUUACAACAAGAGAAAGAACAGGAACAACGGUUAAGAUUACAACAACAACAACAAGAACAACAACAACAAGCCCGAGUUACUCGGUUGAUGCCACUCAGGGAAGCAGGAUCUUCAAGCAAUCAAUGGGCACAGCCAACCCGAAUCUCUAGUGGAAGAGCCUCAUCAGAUCGUGGUAUGAUCUCCGUUUCAGUUUCCCCCACCACCAAGUUGUUGUCUAAAUCUAAUCCAACUCAACGUUCUUCUGUAGGACCUCCUUUACCACUCCCUCCCACGAUGGAAGGAUUACGUGCACAGACGGUUCCAGGCAUUACCCGACAACAGGGAGAGCGAUUUGGUUCAGUUUCCAGUUCUUUACGAUUAGAUAUCUCUACAGGAGGUUCAGUAGAUCCUAUGCUGCGACUCCCAACCCCAAUGUAUGAAGAGACUCGAUAUAGUAUUUCACGUCCUCCUGUACUUGCCCCAAUAUCUAAUCCUUCUAAAACACCAUUGACUUCAAUGAGAACACUCUCUGAACCACCACAAACUCAAAGCCUUAUAGCGUCACUUCAACAGAAACGUUCUAGUAAAUCAAAGGAGUUGUCUUCUUCACAAUUAUCAAGUUAUUUAAAUCCUUUUGGUCGACGUAUGUUUGGCAGUAUGGCUCCUCAAGAUAUCUCAGAUUCUUCUUCUUCUCAACCACAACGAUGGGCAUUGUCAGGGAGUGAAGCGGUAGCAAUGGAGAAACAUAUUCAACGAGCACAAUUACGACAAAUGAAAACAGAAGAAACGAGAAGAAAAUCGGAAUUUUCUGGUAGAAGGGGUAGUGCACUCGCUAAAGCGAAAGAACGUGAACAAAAACGAUUAGCUAAAGAACAAGCAAAACAAGAUAUUGAAAUGGCUGAAUCCUUAUAUGAAAAAUUAGUAAAUGGAAUGCGUGCAGAAGAAAUGCAUCGUUGUAAUCGUGCUGCUACACUUAUUCAACGUAUUUGGCGAGGAUGUAUGGCUCGUACACUUAUUCAUCGUAUGGUUAUUUCAGCUAAAAAGAUACAACGUGUAUUUCGUAUCUAUCUUGUAGCUUUACUUGCCGCACGACGUGCAGAAGAAGAGCGAUUGGCCCGAAUUAAAGCGGCACGUGAAAAACAAGAAACGGAAGCGGCUAUAGUUUUACAAACAAGAGUUCGACAAUUCUUACGUCGUCUUGAGAUUAGACGAGCAUAUAUUGCGAAAAAGAUGCGACGCUAUUAUGCGGCACGUAGAAUUCAACGUGGAUUCCGAGCUUUUCUUAAAUGGCGUGAAGAACAUCUCGCCGCUUUAAUGGAAGCCCAACGGCUUGAAGAUGAGAGACAAAUGCGAAUAGCUGAAAAUGCGGCAAGACGUAUACAAUGGGCAUUUAAACGUUAUUUAAAACGAAAAGAAGAGAUAAAGGCAUCACAAAUACAACAACAACGAGAACGAGCAGCGGCAGUUAUUCAAGCACAUGUACGUGGUAUUUUAGCAAGAGCAUGGUUCCGUUACUACAAAUCUUAUCGUCGUGAACAAGAACUUAAAUCUGCAGUCAAUCAAAAACGUAUUAUUAUGAUACAAGCUGCAGCCAGAAGUAUUCUUGCUGUUCGUCUUCGACGUACAAAAGAAGUGGAACUUGUCAAUCGUUUACGACAACAUCAAUUUAAUCGUGCCGCUACAAAAAUACAAUGUCAAUGGCGUAACCUUGUGGCCCGAACUAAAUUGGAACGUUUACGUGCAGAAAGAGAAAUUCAAGAUAGACGUGCGAGACGUAUUCAACGAUGGUAUGCUACUUGUAUCUUGCGUCGUAGAUUUCUUGAAAUUCGAGAAGCCAAUCGACGAAACAAUGCGGCUGAAAAGAUUCAGAAUUGGUUCCGUAAUCUUAAAAUACAACGAAAAGAAAAGGAAACGACCCGUUAUCAUGCUAAUUUGGCUCGUCGUCAACGUUUAGAAAGACUUCAAGCACAUUCUUUACUUUUACUUCAAGCUUGGGCAAAGGCUUAUUUAAGUACUUUACUUGUGAGAAGUGUACGGUGUUCUUUUCUUCGACUCACCCUUUAUGGAGAAGAAUUUCAACGUAUUGGAAGGGGAUAUGCCGAUCGUCGAGCUCUUUCUCAAUUCAGAUGUCGUGUUAUUAAUGAAGCUCGAAUGCGAGUGGAAAUGGAACGAAAAAUAGCAGCUGCUUGUAUUAUUCAACGGGCAUGGAGAUGUGCGGCGGCUAAGGAUAGAGUAGAACAUAUGAGAAGAAGUGUGGCAGCUGCUGUUGUGAUUUCUAAACACUACCGAGGAUAUUUAUGCCGUAAAGAAUUAAAACGUUUACGGGAGGCAAAACGAUUAGAAAAAGAAACUCGUGCGGCUAUAACAUUACAACGAGCUGCACGUCAAUUUCUUAAACGUUUGGAACUUGUUCGUCUUGAUCAUUAUUAUAGACAACGUCAACAAAAGAAACUUCUCGCUUUACGACGUGUGGAAGCUACUACAAUUUUACAAGCAGCUUGGCGUGGACGUGCAACGCGAAAAGCCCUUCAAAAGGAACGAAAAGCAUUAGAAGAAUUAGCUUCUUAUGCAGUUAAGAUUCAACGUACAUGGCGAGCAAGUAAAUUCCGUCGAAAGAUUAAUGUUGAAGUAUCACGACGUUCACUUCAACGUAUGAGUCGAAAUCGUGCUGCUUUAAAAAUACAAUGUUUCUGGAGAAAAAUGAUGGCAGCAGAAGUGGUGGCUCGUUUACGUGAAUCUAAUAGGAUUCGAUGCAAUAAAGUUAUUAUUAUUCAACGUUGGUGGCGUUGUAUUCUGGCAAAAUAUGAAUUAGAAUCUCUUAAAGCGAAACGUGAAGAAGAAAUUGCAUUACAACUUCAUUAUGCAGCUAAAUGGGAUACUUUGGUAACUCUUAUUAAUGCAGUACUUCGAACACGAUUAGCUCAGGAACAGUUACUAAUUCGUAAACGAAAAUAUCUUCUUACACAACUUACAGAUAAGGAACGUGAUCGUUUCUUACGUCGUCAUACUGCAGCUACAAAAAUACAAGCCAUUUAUAGAGGUCAUUAUGAACGAGUUUAUGCUCGUGGUUUGCGUAGGGCAAAGGAAGAAGAAGAACGUUGUAAAAAAGAACGUGAAGCUUUAGAAAGACGUAGUGCUAUAAGAAUACAAUGUGCCUAUAGAAAAUGGCGAGCUAUUUGUGAAGCAAAUCUUAGGCGUGUAACGAAGAGAGAAAAAUUAUUACAAGAGGAGAUUGAUCAUUAUACUACUAUUGAUCCUCAUGAUAUGGUUCGGCAGUUAUUCUGGGUUCAUGAAUCCGUUAUUAAACGUGAUUUAGUAAAGGAACGUAUUGAACGUGGAAAUCAACGUAUUCAAGCGGCUAUAAUAAUUCAGAAAAAUGUACGAAAGUGGAUUGCAAAGAAACGAAUUGAAAAAAUGCGACGUGAAGCUGUGGAAACACAAGCCGUCAAAAUUAUUCAAGAUCAUUGGAAACAAUAUAGGGCUGGUGAAUUACAGAAAGAAUUUAAAAGACAAAAUCAAGCAGCUGUUACUAUUCAAGCUCGUUUCCGUGGUUAUCUAGUGAGACGUGAUUGGGAACAAUGGCGAAAACAAAUGGCAUUUGAGCGCCAACAUGAAGUGAUGGAGGAAGAUGUGUAUGAUAAGGCCGCGACUGUACUUCAAUCCUUCUGGCGUCGUAUAAUGUCUGAACGGAUCGCACAGAGACUACGGGAGGAAAGAGAAGAAAACAAAUUGCAACAUGUAUUAGAUGAAGCUGCCACCACUAUUCAACGUGCUUACCGUCGUUACAGGUUGCGGUGUACGACAAGUGGUAAGUGA